CUGGACAGCUUCAUGGUGAAGAGAAAAGAGGGAGAGAGAGAACGGAAGAGAUAGAGAAAGAGUGUGUGUUUGGUUGGCAUUUGGCAAAAAGAAAUCAGGAAAGAAGCCUGAUGAAGAGCACUGCUGAGGAGGAAGCAACGGCAUUUUUCUGCUGUAACCAGAAAACCAGUGGGACUAUCCACUAGCUCCCAUUGGAUGAAGGUCUUAGUCUGCUCCUCAGUCUCAGGAUGACGGUUACUUAUUCCAGUAAAGUCGCCAACGCCACCUUCUUCGGUUUUCACCAGCUGCUGCUGCGCUGGAAGGGGAGCAUCUACAAGCUGCUGUACCGAGAGUUCAUCCUGUUUGCUCUGCUGUACACCGUCCUCAGCGUCGUAUACAGGAUUGUGCUCUCCGAGGAUCAGAAGAGACUGUUUGAGAAACUUUCCAUGUACUGUGACAAAUAUGCUGAACAGAUCCCCGUCACCUUCGUCUUGGGUUUUUAUGUGACUCUGGUGGUGAAUCGGUGGUGGAAUCAGUUUGUUAACCUGCCCUGGCCGGACAGACUCAUGUUCCACAUCUCCAGCUGUGUUCAGGGUAAAGACGAAUAUGGCCGCCUGCUGCGCCGGACAUUGGUACGUUACGUUAACCUCACAUCGCUCCUCAUCUUCCGCUCCGUCAGCACGGCUGUCUGCAAACGAUUCCCGACCAUGGAUCAUGUGGUCGAGGCAGGUUUCAUGACACCUGAGGAGAGGAAGGUGUUUGAGAACGUUCGUUCUCCUCACCUGAAGUACUGGAUCCCUGUUGUCUGGUUCUCCAACCUGGCGUCUAAAGCUCGGCAGGAAGGACGCAUCCAAGACAGCAUCGACCUGCAGAACAUUCUCAACGAAAUGAAUCGCUUCAGGACCUGGUGUGCGACUCUUUUUGGCUACAACUGGGUCGGUGUCCCUCUGGUUUACACACAGGUUGUCACUCUUGCUGUCUACACCUUUUUCUUUGCUUGUCUAAUUGGUCGACAGUUUCUUGACCACACCCGUGGUUACCAAGGUCAUGACCUUGACCUGUACGUCCCCGUUUUCACCUUGCUGCAGUUCUUCUUCUACUGUGGCUGGCUUAAGGUAGCAGAGCAGCUGAUCAACCCGUUUGGCGAUGAUGACGAUGACUUUGAGGCAAACUGGAUCAUCGACAGGAACCUUCAGGUGUCUCUCCUGGCAGUGGAUGAGAUGCACAUGAACAUGCCUCACAUGACCAAAGACAUUUACUGGAAUGACUGCGAUGCACGGCCACCAUACACGCUGGCUGCUGCAGACUACUGCAUCCCCUCAUUUCUUGGCUCCACCACCGACAUGGGUCUCUCGGACAUCCUGCAGUUUGACGACACUGAUGUUAGCCACGACCAUCAGCGGCAACAGGACUAUACUUUGCUGCGGCGCCAAGAGUCGGUUUUGGGUCGGGUCCGCCGUCUGCUUAGUGUUCAGGAACCUCCUGACCUCCGACCCCCUCGACCCAUCUUCAAACGACAUAGCAGUGAUGCAACUGGCAGUUUCUUCCCAGAUGUCAGGGUCAAUGCAGGACCAGGGAUCAAUGUUCCACUGUCCUCGCUGUUCAUGUCUCAGCCUUCCAUGGACACUUUGUCCACCUUAAGGGAGGUCAACAGCAACCCACCCUCACCGGAAAGCUCCAUUUCUGUUUUCCCCCAGCUUGUCAUCAGCCCUCCAUUAUGUGGCGACGUUUGCCAGAAUGUGGAUUCGUAUACCAAACCUCAGAAUGGCCUGAAUCCUUCCCCCACUGAUGAAGCCCCAGGCUCAGAAACCCUAAGGACUGCGUCCUCUCUCUGUUGUUCCCCCACUCAACUUGGGCCCAAAGAAUUUCGGUGGACAACUGUCAAUGGCCAUAAUCGUCAGCCAACCAAACCACGGGGGCGUCAGUUCUCACUCCAGUUCUCCAGGCAGACUUCAAAGGCAUCGGUCCGCAGCCUGCCAAGUCCUAAAGGACUGGGGCGGCGGAGAAAAGGACUGGCUCGAUUCCAGUCCAGGAGAUCCCCUGGUCCAACCUCAGACACUCUGCAGCUCCCUGACCCCGAUUACGACUUCCAGGGAAUAACAGGGACUCAGGAGGAUGAGAAGGAAGAAACCAACGACAAUGAAGAGGUCAAAAACACCAGCUCCCAAUCAGAGAGUUUCGAAAAGAAAUAAGAACCAGCCACAACUUCAGCUGUUCAGUAAGACCAAACUGAGUAACAUGAAUACCCACGUUGCCUAAGAAGAAGACUCUUUAAUGUUGUUGUUGUUUUUAACCAAAAAUACUUGGAAAACAGGAUAUACAUGGCCUCUUAAGGGAUGUAUUUAAGCUAGGUUUUUGGGUUUAUCAGUUGUUGCCACCAUGAUCUAUCAAAAAAUAAACCGCAAACAACUAUUCUUCAGUUCUAGCAUGAACCCCCAUUUUAAUCCUGUGAGGUUUAACUUAUUAUUAAAGAUAAAUACUCCUGACCCCGCUGACAAUGUUUAAUAGCAUGUAGUGUUUUUUUUAAGAAAUGUUCUCCCAAGCUUCCUCAUUCUAGCAAUCAAAUCAUUUUAUAAUUAAAUCAAUCAUUGUAGUAACACACAUUAAAAAAAAUGCUUCCCCCCCCCCAAAAAAAGCCCCCCAAAAACAGAUCUUCUCAUACAGUUACUGAAAAAUAUUUUUAUCCAACAAUAUAUUUAUGCCCAAUCUUAAUUACUUGACUGAAAUACCUUGGAAAUUGAACAAGUUUAAAACUUGUACCCUUGUAAACCCUUGUACUAAAUGGUGAACUUCAAAUUUAAAAUGGGAAAUCAUGAAUCACUGUGAUGAGCCAGACUCUGGAUGGUUAAACACUGAAAUCCAUCACUUAGAUCAUUCAUUUUGCCAUCUCAAUUCAGGAACUUCAUCCAGGGCAACUGCCGAUUUAAGCUAAUUAUCUGCAUAUUCAUCUACAGUCCAAAUGCGAUUUUUUUUUCCAUAAAGAUACAUAAAAAUUGUGCUGUUUAACUCACCAUAUGGUGUUUUGUGUGAAUUUUCUUUUCCCUGAAUUUUUGUAUCAGAAUGUGCAAAUUAAGCAUGGCCCAAUGAGACGUUAAGUAGCACAUUAAAAAGAAAUUUGCUGGAAUUACUCUUUAAUCCUGGUAUUCCAAAGAUUACAAAACCCCCAUAGAUGAUUCCUUAAAAAAUUAGAAAUGAGGCAAAAUGAGACAAAAUAAUCAACAAUUAUUAGAGUUGAAACGUGUGCAAAAAAACCCCAAACAAACAACAACAACAACAAAAAAAAACAAGCCUAUGUAUCUUUGUGAUUUUUCUAGCUGAAGAAUAAUUUCCAGCCCACAUGGGAACAUUUCAAGUUAGCUGUUUAUGCUGAAAGAAUGGGGGGGGAGGGGGGUUUCUCAUCCACUUCAAUAAACUCUUCUUGGAUGCCAUCUGGUGGCCAUUAGAGGAACUGUAACACUUAAUGAAACACUGGUACUCAGGGGAUAAGAACAAAAUCUUCUUUCUUUCCGUGAUUACUGUAAAUCACACGUGCUUUUGUAAAUGUAGAUAAAGUGAUGAAUGUACAAUCCCUGUUGCUGCUGUUAAAUCUCCAAUAACUGUACCUUUUCAAAUAAAAUGUUAACUUUGUGGUCA